AUGAGCGCCGUCGAAGGUGGUGUUGCAGACAUCGAAGAGGAGGAGCAGCUCUCCCCUCGACAAAAGGCGUCCCCCAUGCACGAAGCAAUUGAGUCGCUCGACUCGAUCAACAAUGGCAGCCUUAGAGCCCUCGAUGAGCGCGCCGACCCCGAUGCGCAAGCGACCGUCACCGACUUCCUGGAGUUUACGGAACACCUGCCUGCGGACGUAAUGCGGUCGCUCACCCUGAUCGGCACGCUCGACCAACACCACUCACGCGCCUCCCUCAAGCUGCACGAGCUUGCAAGACAAUGGGGCCAGCUCCCAGGCCUGGCACCAGAGGAGAAGCCUCAGCCCGUGCAGCUGAGGGCCGACAUAUCUGAGGAGCUCAACCGCGUGCUAACGUCGCGCGUCUACUCGCACGCCGAGGCCGUACGGAUGGCGGAGAACGUGAACAGGCACGUCAACAGGCUGACCUUGAUACACGCAAAGCUGCGCAAUAUGCUGGAGAAAUAUCCUGCCGACGACAUGCAGAGGAGCCCCGUCGCGACGACGAGAUCGCCCCUCAUCACCCGCGGGGCGAAACGCCAGCCCGCUGGCGCCGACAAGGGGCGCCGACCCCGUGGCCCCAGGAUUACUGUCCCUGGCGAUGUCCUUGCGCCUUACGAUGUCGGCUACGAUACAAACAGCGAUGAGAGUGAGAGUAGCGAGGACGAGGACGAAGAGGAGGAGCUUGCUGUCUCUCGGCGGACCCCAGCGGCGCGUGGCGGUAGCCAGAAGCCGCGCGGCGGCAGGAAGGUGAUCGAAAAGACGUCCAAGACCCCGAAGCCGAGGACCCAGAAGGCCUCGCAAGCGCAGAACGCCGGCACGGCAAAUACACCUGCUGGGCUGCCCAGCCGCUCGGCACCUUUGGUUCCGCCACCGGAGAAUGCGGUCGUUGGCAGCGAGGACGCGCCAUGGUUACAGCUUACGCAAUGGGAGCUUUCGAAAUUGAGGAAGAGGAUGAAGAAGAAUUCUUCGUGGGUGCCUAGUGAGACGAUGAUCCACAAGGAGCUGAAGACCCUCGGACGUGGUUAUGACGGCUGGGCGACUGCUAAGAAGCAGGCGGAGGACGAGGGCCGGCCGUUCGAGACGACACUCCCUCAGCCCAUCGUCGACGAUGCCACGGGCUCCGAGCACCUUCCAAUGGGAGCCGUCACUCUGGAUUCCGCGAUUGCUGCCGAGGAUAGGAACCUCACCAACCGCGGUCAUGAACUGAACAAGGCCAAGAAAAUCAAGAAGGAUCGCAUGUCUGAUAUUGCGGCCAAGGAGGCCGAGGAGUCGGCGAGAAGGUUUGCUCUGAUGGCUAGGAACUUUCAGGUCUCUUUCCAGCAACCGCAGUCCUCUUCUGAGCAAACUCCAGCCAAGGCUGCUAGUAGCAAAAGACAACAACAGAAGAAACGCAAGAGGGAUUCUGUCACAGAGGCCGAUGCUGAGAAGCCAGACACAGCAAGCUUGAAGCGGUCAAAGACCGAGACACCAGUCCCCAUCCCACCGCAUAUCAACCUGCCUCGCUCCCAACAGACUUCUGUGCCGCCUCCACAGUUGACACCUGGCGGCUCGCAGAUUCCACAGUCGACGACUCCCGUGCCCAUCCCGAUGCCACCCGGCCAGGAGCAGUCCAUCAUCACGGUGGGAACGAAGUCUACUGCUGUGUCACCCGCUCCCAGUGCUGAUGCUAGUACGACGACGACUAUUGUGCCGACUAAAGCUCCGGCAGAUGACGGUCCUCAGUCUCCCAUCAAGUCCACGACCCCAAUCGUGCCGCCCGGAAGGGAGACUCGAGCGAGAGAAGCUAAGAACCAAGCCAAAGAGAAGGCGGCUGCCCUACCUCCCAUCAAGACGUCAGGUUCCCGUGGAAAUACACCGUCGGUAACGACCCCUGGCCCGGAGUCAUCAUCGCGCCGGCCCUCUUCACGUGGUCAACAAGGUCAGGAUGCUGGCCAGCCGGCGGGGCUGGCGGCGGAUAGGCCCCGUCGCGCCAGCACGGCGCGGAACACCCCCGCCCCCGAGCCGAUGUCAUCGGUGAGACAGCCCAGCAAGAGGACUAAGAGACCCGCGCCGGGCAUCAUCAGCCGGACGAACUCGGGCGGCAACAGCGCUAUAACGAAGCGCAAGGCAGCGCCGAAGAAGUCGAAGCGUGGUGCUGCGCGGAAGAAGGACGACCGCGGCGCAGGUCAGGCGUCUGCUGAGGCGGAGGCGGAAGUAGAAGUGGACGAGGAUGGGAACGUCAUCGACCCCCAGGAGCAGAGGUAUUGUGUUUGCAACCGCGUCAGCUUCGGGACCAUGGUGCUCUGUGAGAACGUCGAUUGUCCUUACGAGUGGUUCCAUCUCGAGUGUCUCGGCCUCAAGACGGAGAAGAACCUACCUAAGUUGUGGUACUGCCCAGAGUGUCGGGUUUCGCUUGGGAUGGACGGGGAGGGACGCGAGGGAGGUAAGAGAGCGUCGAAGCGCUAG